AUGAAAAAGGAAGCUUUUCUGUCGAAGUCGUUCGGAGUAGUGGAAGGCGAAGAUGCAGCUGUUUCAAAGAAGUAUUCGCCAAGAGAUCUUCCGAUAAGAUUGCUGCCAGACGUGCAACUUGACUAUGAAACGGAUCCUUUCGAGGAGAAGAAUUCACAGCAUCGUACCAAGGGUGAUAGGCGGUCAAGGUCAAAACUACCUGCAACAUUGAAUGCAGCCUUACUGUAUCCAUUCAUGGACUCUGAACGAAUAAGCGAUGAGGAACUGGCACAUGGCAACAAUGACCCAUUCGAAAUGCAAAUUCGUCAGUAA